AUGCAGAACUGCAGCAUCGUCCCCAACCACCUGAAAUAUCGGUCGGACCUGGAUGCACUUCACACGCUGGAAUCCGAAAUGCAGACAGCCUGGGCGACCGAGGCCGAUCGAAUCGAGAAAAGGAACAGAGAGGCAACCUUUGACGAACAUGCAGACGCCUGGGCGACCGAGGCCGAUCGAAUCGAGAAAAGGAACGGAGAGGCGACAUUUGACGAACUCGCCCAAUUCAUUGGCUGCCAAUCGCGCAUAGCAAAUGGUCGAUUCGGUCAACUGGCGAGGGAAAGCAUCAGGACCGCUAUGCUUUCAACCAACUUUACACCGUCAUGA